CUCGAUAAGUUAAGUAGCCGAUAAAAGGGUUUCCUUAUUUUGCGACGUGGAUCUUGUAACAAACGUAUUCGAGUGUUGUUUGUUUCUUCUCGUUCUUCUAAUUAAACAUGUCGGGGACGAUGAUGGAUGUGCGGCAGUUAACGGUCACAUAUGAGCAUUGACGCAGAAGAUUUUUUUGGAAAGAAUUGGUGCCCGUCAUUAACGAAUAAUUUACAUUUAGACACAGACUGGCGUAUGGACCUAACCGAGUAGGUCCACAGAACCAUAAUUGCAAAGAAGUAGAUGGAUGUGCGGCACCGCGGAAUCGAUCAUGUUUUCAAGUCCGAGACAUUCCGAAGAAAAAAGUACACGAGGUGUUUUUGUUUCAAUUGUUCGAAAAGUCUAACAGAAAUUCCUUUAUCGUACGUCUCUGGUUACGCGCAUGGUGGGGAUAAAGGAGCAAUGAGGUGUCGGUCGACAGGUCGGCGAAGGAGUAGUGGAAGAUCAGUAUCAACUCGACUGCUGUACCGGUUGGACCGACUUUCUUGAUAGUGACGAGCGAUCUCAACUUGGUACGAAGAGCGCGCGACUGAUAAAUCCGGUUAAUCAAAAGUCUUGAGAGAUUCGCAGUCAAGAGAUAGAGAUAGAGAGAGAGAAAGAGAAAAAGAAAAAUAACGUUUGCUGUGAAGCGUCGAUCCGAUAGUGACGUACGCAGUUGAUCACAAGAGAGUGGACGCGAACGACCUUGCGAACGUGCACGUGCAAUCGGUAGCUUGCAAACAGCCGCUCCGAGAACGCUAGUUUGUCCGUCAUAGAUUCGUGACAGAAGCGAUUCUGGCAGCGAAAGAAAAGAGAAAAACCAAUUUCGAAUUAAUUUAAGUAAUUUAUUUUCUGAUGUCGUGCGCACUAAACGAUCCUUAAAAUCCUCCGUCGAAGAUUUCGGAUCUCAUGAUAGAAUCGUUAUUGUUGUUUUCGCGAUGAUCGACCUAUCUUGUGUAGUACUGUACAUGACAACAACCGAGUGACUUGUUUUUCGCGCACAAAGUCGAGAAUAUCUACAUAAUAUAAUAUGUACGCGUAGUUCGUUGCUUUUGAUUAACAUCAUGUUGCCACCGAGCACUGUUAGAAAUAUUUACGCGGUAACACCGAGCGACAACACCGAACUGAGAAACGUAUCGUCGGAGAUAGCGUCAUCCAACAACGCGUCCUUCAGAGAAUCCACAGCGAUUGCUCGUACCUUCGAGUUGAGUCAACCGAACAACGUGAUAUCCGCGACGUUGCUGAAUGCUUGCGAUAAACUGCGAGUGAUCGACAAAGAGGAGGAUGCCGAGAUGUUGUCGACCGCGACCGUCGAGACGUCGUCGCGUCUUUCAACAUCCGCGCAGAGUUACAAUUACUUGUCGCAACUGUCCUUGUUGCCGCAAGCUCCAACAACCCCGCAGAAUAGCCCGGAGGCGUCGAUCUUGUAUUUUUCACCACCUCGUCUACCAUCGCGGACUGUAGAUUCUAUCAGUGACUAUUUGUCAUCGCCGCGAAUUCCAACAAUCCCAAGGAAUAGUCCGCAGACAACUUCGACGAUCUCGUCUGUUUCACCGUCUCCAGAGAUUCGGUUACCAUCGCACCAGUCUCCGACGUCGCGGACUGUGGACUCUCUGAGUGACUAUUUGUCGUCGCCGCGAACUCUAAAGAGUUCGAGUUCGUCACCGCGGACAAUUUCGUCGAUCUCGCGCAUCUCGCCGCCUCCGGAGGCUCGCUUAUCAUCGCACCAGUUUUCGACGUCGCGGACUGCGGACACUACGAAUAACAACUACGUGUCGUCGUCGCCGAGCUUGUGUACAAGAUCUCCAGAAGCUCACUUAUCAUCGCACCCGUCCUUGCUGUCGAUGUCGCGAACCUUAACGGUCAUGGUCGAUCCCUCAUUGCCGCCACCAACUGUAUCAGUGUCGUCCCUAAUAACCUCGGUACCUUUCUUGGACAGAAAAUCUUCGGAAUUCGGAUGCCCGAACUCCGGUCACGAGACGUCAGCGAACCACAAGACGGUGCCGCGCAACUUCGCGAGCGCGCGUUCUCCCACGUGCUUCAACCCAGCCGAGCAGGUCUCGGCGGAACACUCGUCGCACAUCCUCGACUGGAAACGUAAGAAGUUGGACGACAGUCCUGGACGGACCGCGGAACGCAACUUGAAACAGUACAUCGAGUCAUCGGAGUUUGGCGUCAACUUUAGGCCGAGUGAAAAUUACAAAAUGAACGAUCUCGCUCGAUGCGAACCCGGCAACGGUUUUAUGGCUCCGCCUCAUCAAAACAACCAGCUUGUUGAUGUCAAAACAGCUUUUAUUUCGCCUUUACAUUUUCUACGCGGUCUCCACGCCUCCCCAAGUGAGGAAUCGCGCGCGGCAACGUUGACGUCAGCUCCGGUUGGUCAUCAGGACUUGUCAAAAAAGUGCGUUUUUCCCAAGAUAGGAUCAUUACCGAUGGCCUUCACGAUCACGAAGACUCCCUCGGGCACCGAGAUCGACAUAUUCAAUCACAUCUAUCACUCCCUCGGAUUGAAAGCGAUGAAACACGGCGUUCCAAAAUCCAACUCUUUCGCGAACGUCACCUCCAAGCGGAACGUCGAAUUCAUCCGCGUACCUGAACUGAACAAGGUCUAUCGUCAAGGAAAGCUCAUGGGAAAGGGAGGUUUUGCAAAAGUUUAUCUAGUGACCAAUGAGAGGACCAAAGAGAUUUACGCGUGCAAGGUUAUCCCGAGGACCGUUAAAAAGAAACAAACGCAUCAUAUCUUGAAGAUCCAGCAGGAGAUCGAUAUCCACAAAAAGCUCAAUCACGAGAACGUCGUCAAGAUGCACGAGGCCUUCUCGACUUGUAGCGACGUGUACAUGCUUUUAGAAGCCUGCCCGCAAAAGACCUUGAUGCAUGUUCUACAUUACCGUAAGUGUCUCACGGAACCAGAAACUCGUUAUUACAUGAAGCAAAUAGUGGCCGGCGUCGAGUAUAUUCACUCGCAGAACAUUAUUCAUCGGGAUUUGAAACCGGGCAACAUGUUUCUGUCGACCGAGAUGAUUGUCAAGAUCGGCGACUUCGGACUGGCGACUAUAGCCGACAAAAACAGACGAAUGACGGUGUGCGGCACACCAAACUACAUUGCGCCGGAAAUAUUGAAGCAGCAGGAGUACGGCUUCGAGGCGGACGUUUGGGCGCUAGGCUGCACGUUGCACGCGCUGCUGAUGGGUCGGCCGCCGUUCGAAUCGAACAUGCUCAACGAGACCUACGACCGGAUUCGCAAACAUAUGUACUUGAAGAUAGGUCAAAGUCUCGUCAGUUCCUGGAGCGAGGAUUUGAUUAACAAGAUGCUAAGGCCUAAUCCUAAAGAUCGGGCAACUUUGGACGAAAUAAAAGAACAUUCGUACUUUCUCUAUCAUUAUACACCGACCUAUUUGCCCCGUACAUGUUGCUAUCAAAUGCCGCGAAAAAUCCUGGAGCCCUCGAUCGCCAGAAACCAGGAACCUGAGCCACAGGCACAUUAUCCGGUCGUUCAUCCCGAUGAGUCGUUGCGCCACAAUGUCGCUCAUCAACAACAGUCGGUUCAGACUCAACAAGAGCAACCAAGACAUGAGAAUUCCGUGAAUCGCUGCUUCUGGAGCAACUCUUUUGUUUCGUGCAGCUGGCGACAUAAACUGAACGAACUGCUGCCGUCAUUUCGAUUCCGUAAAACACUCUUUCUCAAGACUGAUGGUCUUCGCAAGAAGAAGACCAAUCCUAUACUCAUGUAUCGCGCUCUGAAUGCGUGCGUGAAAGAGAUGAAACCGACGUCGGACAAUCCGCAGACUGUAGAUCACAUCACGCCGUUGUUUAUCACGAGAUGGAUCGAUUUCUCUCUCAAAUAUGGAUUGGCGUUUAAGCUUUCGGACCAGUCGAUCGGUCUUGUUUUCAAUGACAACACAAAAAUCAGUUAUACUCAUGACAGACAGAAAGUGGAAUACGCAACGGCUAACGAUCAGAUCGAACGGUAUCACCGAGAAAACGAUAUGCCAGAGCAGUUGAAAGAGAAGCUCAAAUUGCUUCAUCGCUUUACUGAUUAUUUAAAUAAUCGCUUAAUAGACGGUGCCGAGUUGACUGCAUACCGCUCGCCAUCGAAGCAAAAAAACGCUUGUGUGCCUCGCAUGAAACGAUGGAUGCACAUUCAGGAUAAAGGUACUGUGAUGGAGCUGACGAAACCUUUGUUGCAAAUGAACUUCACAAAGGACCACACCAAGAUAGUGUUGUCAUACGAAUCCAAGACCACGGAUUAUCUGGUCACUUACAUCGACACGUCGCGCCAGAUGACUUCUUACUGGCUCGACGAUCUACGUAAGAAUGGUUGCACCGCGGAUCUCUACUGUCGUCUUGUUUAUCUCCACGAGACACUUCUCAAGUUCAACGAGAUGGACGCCAACACGGUCUCCUCUUCAUAGUCAAACAUUCACGAGAGAACGUAACAAUAAUAUCCAAGUAUGUAUUUAGGGCUGGUUAUUACACUUACUUCAGAUAAAGUAUCGGGUAGUAAUCUAUCUAAUGGUUAAAACUCUAAUUUACGUUGUUCCAUGUGUUGGUAAAAUUUACAUCUGGUAAAUGACAGAAACCAAAAGAUAAGUUACAAGGCACUCUCAGUACCGUGUAAGUCGUAUCUAACAGAUAAAUAUAUAGAAAUAAAAAACAGUGGGGGAUGCGCUAUAUAGUCAGGUUUUCCUAUUCUAUGGAUAAUAACCUGUCGAGUAAGGUGAGAUUUAAGGUAAGGUGGAACAAUCGGCCUUUAAACAAUUAGGCAUUCGGAUAUCCGAUUCUGAAAUCCGCGCAAUUUGGAGAGAACGUAACGUUAAAAAGUCUUGAAUCUACAAAUUGCAAGUUGUUGUUCAAAUUUGUUAAAUUUCUCGCUUAUAUUUUUGCAAUUUUUUUCUACUUGUUAUCAAGGCUCGAUUUUCUAACGUAAAAUGUAUUUUCUAAAGUUUUUCUUGUUAUUUUUAUAUAUAUAUUAAGCAAUCUCAACAUACGUAAGCAAAUUGUGAUACGCAUUUUACGAUUGUAUAUUUAGGUACAUUUUAGAAUUAUUAGAUUGAUGCCACAAAAAAAAAACAAAGUUUUUACUGUGGUAUGAAAACCAGUCAAAACGUUAACUGUGAUAACUUUUUGACUCUUAGACGCAGAAAAUACAAAACAUAUGUGUAUUAUAGUGUUGAAUUAGUGAAAUAAUUGCUCCUGUGUGUGUGUGUAUGAUCAGACAAAAAAAAACACACAUUAACGAAGUGAUGGCUUUCGCGAAAGAUACACACAUCUGUAUCGUUUUUUCUAGAAUCUAGAAUUUACAGUUUGUUGUGAAAUUUAACGGAGUGCGGUAUGCGUCACUAAAGUUCUCAGUGGCGUUUCUUCAGAUCUCUCAUUUUUUUAAUACAGAAAUGAUAACGUGGACGCGCUGUCGAAAUCAAUGUGAUAAGCGUGUAAUGAUGUAUGAGCGUGCGUCGUAACAUACACACCUCCCGGUGACUUUUUUUACGAUGCCAGACCCCACACUUGGGGGAUUGUCAAGCACUGCAUCACUACCUCUGUAAAAUAGGUAGCAUCAGGUAGUAGCAUCAGGUAGCUGUUAAAAUAUUUAUUUUUUAUUACGCUGAUCUCUCUUCAUAGUCCAGUGCCAGCGAAUAAGAUAGAUUUGUCGAUAAGGUACCAAAUAUCGCCCAAGUGCCUAAAUAUCGCUCACUCGCAUUUCUCAGUUCUAUACUGUGAUGACUAAUUACAUGUUUGUAGAGGAGCCAAUAAGUCGUGUAAUUUCGUUAAGAUUUGGCAAUUUUAUCUCUUCAUUACUUUUUCGUAUAUAAAAUAUAUCUUUUUAUCUUUAUAUAUACAAAAUGUACAUAAUUUUAUACUCGCUAAGAGAAUAUGUUCGGAAAUUGUUUUGAUAAAAACACAUGUACGUGAGUCUGUUCUAAAAAAUAACAAGACUGAUUUACAGAAAACAAAAAUUUCUGUGUGGUUUUCUAUAUUAGGAUGCUUUGAUGAAGUUUCCAAUCUGGAAAUGUGUAUAUAAUAACACAAAAUAACAAUCUCUCAAAGUUUUCUGUGAUCUUGCGCAGAAAAGGAAAGCAUUAUACACGAAUUGAUAAAUCCGAUGAGUGGAGGCUGUGAAACUGCGGCAAUGUUUUGAGACUAAAUACUCGCGUGUAAAUAACGCGGAGUGAUAAGAAGGUCAUGUUGCGUUCACGCGCGCAACAUCUGAGUCUCGGCAGUAUCUUAUCGGACGCAGAAAACUCUUUUCCGCAUCUGAUAGGAGAGCAUAGGAUCUCUUACGGCAUUUGAUAGCAACAUGUACGGGGCAAAUAGGUCGGUGUAUAAUGAUAGAGAAAGUACGAAUGUUCUUUUAUACUGUUUAAAGUUGCCCGAUCUUUAGGAUUAGGCCUCAGCAUCUUGUUGAUAAAAUCCUCGCUCCAGGAACUAACGAGACUUUGGCUUAUCUUCAAGUACAUAUGUUUGCGAAUCCGGUCAUAGAUCUCGUUGAGCAAGCUCGACGUUUUUGACAAAAAUCUUGAUUCAUAGUUUGUAAAUGUCUUUAUGCUUUCCAAAUUUGCGCAAUAAUAAUUUAUCUUAGUAAAGGAUAUACGAUAUUCUUUUUGUUUGAAUUUUAUAAAUUCUAACAAAACGCGUGAGACACGAUUCGAAUAACAAGGAAUGAGCAAGAAAAUGCAACCACUUUACAUUUAGGAAAAUCUUAUAAUUUAUAUUUUUUUAUUUCUAACGGAUCAGUCUCAUUGCUUUUCGAACAGACAACGUAUACGAUCUUAAGUAUAAGAUUCAAUUAUAAAUGACCAUAAGUUAACAAGAUCUGAGCUUCAGUCGUGUUUUAUUGUUAAGCCAUCGUUUUUGUUGUUCGUAUUAAAUUAUAUAAACUAAUUUAAUCAUU